AUGAACACCAUGUCAAUGGAAAGGGAUAAUAAUUCACUACUUAAGGUCGAUGGUGAAGAAGACCAUUAUUCUGAAGAAAACCUCCCCGAGAAUAAUGAACUUUCAAAUUCCCCUUUAACAGUCAUGGACAGAAAAGAAGAAAAAAUGUGUAAUGACAAAGAGCAUAGAUCGGCAUUAGAAGUUUUAAAUCAAAUUAAGACCAAAUUUCAAAAUUCUUCAGUUAAUUCAGAAAAGGUACAACUCUUGACACUUGCACCGAAGUCGUGGGGUCGUAGAAGACUGGCUCUAAAAUUCGGUGCUUCUGAGCGUCAGGCCCGAAAAGCUAAAAAUUUAGUCGAAAGAUAUGGCAUUUUGUCCAAACCAGAUCCCAAAAAGGGUAGACUAUUACCUGAGCAAACAAAAAAUUUGGUAAUAUCUUCUUACACUCAUGACGAAAACAGCCGUAUGAUGCCAGGUAUGAAAGAUUAUGUUUCAAUAAGAAAAGACGAUGGAUCCCGGGAACACGUCCAAAAACGAUUGGUUUUGUGCAAUCUUGCUGAAUUGUAUUCUAAUUUUCAAUUAAAAUAUCCGAAUGUGCGAAUAGGCUUGUCAAAAUUUUCACAGAUCCGACCUCGUAAUUGCGUCCUGGCUGGAGCCAGUGGCACUCAUACUGUUGAUUACAAACCAUCGAGCAAACCAUCAAAAGAAGAACUGGCUUGUGAUAUUGAAGACCAUCAAGCAGCUGUACAGGUGUUAGAAUAG